AUGGAAAUGAAAAUUUUGUUCACCGUGGUAUCAGCAGUUGUUCUUGUUUGUCAUGGAUCUCCAAUAGUAGAUAAUGCUAAAAUAAUGUCUGGAGUUUUCAUUCCGGCUGAAACGUCCCUUCAAGAAACCCCUCAACAGCAACAACAAAUUUCUAUUAGUCAACAACCCCAACAACAAGCUGUUGUUCAACCGAACCAGCAAGUAGUUUACCAAGAAGCCAUUGGUCAACCCAACCAACUGCUGGUUUAUCUGGCUCAACCACAACCAUCCACUCAGCAAGUAAUUGGUCAGCCACAACAACAGGUUGUUAGCCAACCAGAUCAACAGAUCGUAUACCAACAACCGCAACAACAACCACCUCAAACCAACCAACAAAUUAUUGUAGCUCAACCAAAUCAACAAGCGGUUUAUCAACAACCACAACCCGGUCAACAAGUUAUCGUAGGUCAGCCGAAUUCCCAGGCCAUCUACCAACAGGGAGCGCCUGGACAAAUAGUUGUAGGUCAGCCGACAUACGUAAAUCAACAACCACGUCCGGUGUACAUCUCGCAACCAGCUAACCAACAGCCAGCAUUGGUGAACCAGCAACCUAAUCGCGGACAGCCGAUAUAUUUUGCGCAACCAGGACAAACCGUGUUAUUAGCCCAACCGAACCAGCCCUCAGGUCAACAACAGUAUGUGAUCGGUCAACCUCCCCAGCAGACGAUACUUGUUGGACAAUCCGGUCAGUUUGUAAAUCAAAGGCCACCACCGGGCAGUGUGUACGCACUCGUGCCAGUCUCAAAUUCAAACAAUCCAAAUCUUAGUCAAAGUCAAGGCAGCGGCACCAUUUACAUCCCCGUACAAGGAUCGAAUCAAGUAUUCGCUGUUGCUUCUUAA